GUCGUGGCCCCUGGCGGCCCCCAGGGGACCCCUGGGAGAAGCGGGGCGACCCUGGAGAAGACGCCUCACCCGCCCACCCUGUACGUGCAGCUGCACGGAGAGACCACUCGGCGCCUGGAGGCGGACGAGAAGCCAUUGCAGGUCCAAAAUGACUACCUCUUCCAGCUGGGAUUUGGGGAGCUGUGGAGGGUGCAGGAGGAAGGCAUGGACUCGGAAAUUGGCUGCCUCAUCCGCUUCUAUGCAGGAAAACCUCACAGCACCGGUAGUUCUGAACGGAUUCAACUCUCAGGAAUGUAUAAUGUCCGUAAAGGCAAAAUGCAGUUGCCAGUGAACCGCUGGACAAGACGCCAAGUUAUCCUGUGUGGGACUUGCCUGAUAGUGUCGUCUGUGAAAGACAGCUUGACCGGGAAGAUGCACGUUCUGCCACUGAUUGGUGGGAAAGUAGAAGAGGUGAAAAAGCACCAGCACUGCUUAGCCUUCAGCUCCUCUGGACCCCAGAGCCAGACUUACUACAUCUGCUUUGAUACUUUCACAGAGUACUUAAGGUGGCUGCGACAGGUCUCUAAGGUGGCAUCCCAGCGCAUUAGCUCCGUGGACUUAUCAUGCUGCAGCCUGGAACAUCUGCCUGCCAACCUCUUCUACAGCCAAGACCUCACUCAUCUGAACUUAAAACAAAACUUCUUAAGGCAGAAUCCCAGCCUGCCUGCUGCCAGGGGUCUCAAUGAACUGCAGAGGUUCACCAAGUUGAAGAGUCUUAACCUUUCCAAUAAUCACUUAGGGGAAUUCCCACUUGCAGUCUGCAGUAUCCCGACCCUGGCGGAGCUGAACGUGUCCUGCAACGCCCUGAGGGCAGUCCCAGCAGCCGUUGGAGCCAUGCACAACUUACAGACAUUUUUGUUGGAUGGAAACUUUCUCCGGUCCCUUCCUGCUGAGUUGGAGAACAUGCAUCAGCUUAGUUAUCUUGGUCUUUCAUUCAACGAAUUCACUGACAUUCCAGAGGUGUUGGAGAAACUGACUGCCGUGGAUAAGCUUUGUAUGUCUGGAAACUGCAUGGAGACCCUUCGGCUACAGGCUUUAAGAAAAAUGCCUCACAUUAAACAUGUGGAUCUAAGGUUGAACGUAAUUAGGAGGCUAAUAGCAGAUGAAGUGGACUUUGUACAGCACGUCACUCAGCUCGACCUGCGAGACAACAAACUUGGGGACCUGGAUGCUGUGAUCUUCAACAACAUUGAGGUUUUACACUGUGAAAGGAAUCAGCUGGUGACACUGAACAUCUGUGGCUAUUUCCUAAAAGCCCUCUAUGCUUCUUGUAAUGAACUUGUUCAACUUGAUGUUUAUCCAGUUCCAAAUUAUCUAUCCUACAUGGAUGUUUCAAGGAACCGCUUAGAAAGUGUGCCUGAGUGGGUUUGUGAAAGCCAGAAGCUAGAAGUUUUAGAUAUUGGCCAUAAUCAAAUAUGUGAACUUCCUGCCCGCUUAUUUUGUAAUAGCAGUCUCCGGAAACUGCUGGCUGGGUACAACCAGUUGGCAAGGCUCCCUGAACGGCUAGAAAGAACGUCAGUGGAGGUCUUGGAUGUGCAGCACAACCAGCUCCUGGAACUGCCUCCUAACCUGCUGAUGAAGGCUGACAGCCUGAGAUUCCUGAAUGCCUCUGCAAACAAACUGGAAACCCUUCCUCCGGCCACGCUUUCUGAAGAGACUAGCAGUAUCUUACAAGAGUUGUAUUUGACGAGUAACAACCUCACGGAUAAGUGCGUGCCCUUGUUGACAGGACACCCGCAUCUGAAGAUUCUCCACAUGGCCUACAACCGACUUCAGAGUUUUCCAGCAAGUAAAAUGGCGAAACUGGAGGAACUUGAAGAAAUCGAUGUCAGUGGGAAUAAACUGAAAGCCAUCCCAACGACUAUCAUGAAUUGCAGGCGCAUGCACACUGUGACUGCUCACUCUAACUGCAUCGAAGUCUUCCCCGAGGUGAUGCAGCUCCCAGAAAUUAAGUGCGUGGACCUGAGCUGUAACGAGCUUAGCGAAAUCACUUUACCAGAAAACCUGCCUCCCAAACUGCAAGAAUUAGACCUGACUGGAAACCCCCGUCUUGCCCUUGAUCACAAAACCCUGGAACUACUGAAUAAUAUCCGCUGUUUCAAGAUUGACCAGCCUUCCGCAGGAGACGCAUCAGGAGCCCCGGCGGUAUGGAGUCAUGGUUACACGGAAGCUUCAGGGGUGAAAAACAAGUUGUGUGUUGCAGCCCUGUCGGUGAAUAACUUCUGUGACAACCGGGAGGCCCUGUAUGGUGUGUUUGAUGGAGACCGGAAUGUGGAGGUGCCCUACCUUCUCCAGUGUACCAUGAGUGACAUUUUGGCUGAAGAGCUACAAAAAACGAAAAACGAAGAAGAAUACAUGGUCAACACAUUUAUUGUUAUGCAGAGGAAACUUGGAACUGCUGGGCAGAAACUGGGUGGGGCUGCUGUCCUUUGUCAUAUCAAGCAUGACCCUGCGGACCCAGGAGGAUCCUUCACUUUGACCUCUGCUAACGUGGGCAAGUGCCAAACAGUUCUCUGUCGAAAUGGGAAGCCGUUGCCUCUGUCCAGAUCAUACGUCAUGAGCUGUGAAGAAGAGUUGAAGAGGAUAAAACAGCACAAGGCCAUUAUCACUGAGGAUGGCAAGGUGAACGGGGUGACCGAGUCCACGCGCAUCCUGGGCUACACCUUCCUCCACCCCAGCGUGGUGCCUCGCCCCCAUGUGCAGUCCGUGCUCCUGACCCCCCAGGACGAGUUCUUUAUUCUGGGCAGUAAGGGGCUAUGGGACAGCUUGUCCGUCGAGGAGGCCGUGGAGGCCGUGCGCAACGUGCCUGAUGCCCUGGCUGCUGCCAAGAAGCUGUGCACCCUGGCCCAGAGCUACGGCUGCCAUGACAGCAUCAGCGCCGUGGUGGUGCAGCUCAGCGUCACUGAAGACAGCUUCUGCUGCUGCGAGCUCAGUGCCGGUGGGACUGUGCCCCCUCCCAGCCCAGGCAUCUUCCCUACCUCGGUCAACAUGGUGAUCAAGGACCGGCCGGCCGACGGGCUGACCAUGCCGUCCUCCAGCAGCGGCAUGGCAUCUGAGAUCAGCAGCGAGCUCUCCACGUCGGAGAUGAGCAGCGAGGUGGGGUCCACAGCCUCUGACGAGCCCCCGUCGGGAGCCCUGAACGAGAGCAGCCCUGCCUGCCCCAGCGAGCAGCGCUGCAUGCUGCACCCCGUCUGCCUGUCCAGCUCCUUCCAGCGCCAGCUGUCCAGCGCCACGUUCUCCAGCGCCUUCUCCGACAAUGGCCUGGACAGUGAUGACGAAGAGCCAAUUGAGGGCGUCUUCACCAACGGCAGCCGGGUGGAGGGGGAGGGCGACAUCCACUGCAGCCGGGCCAAGGAGAAGGAGAAGCAGCAGCACCUGCUCCAGGUGCCGGCCGAGGCCAGCGACGAGGGUAUCGUCAUCAGCGCCAACGAGGACGAGUCGGGUCUGCCCAGGAAGACAGACUUCUCUGCUGUGGGGACCAUCGGGCGCCGGAGGGCUAACGGCUCUGUAGCACCCCAGGAAAGGAGCCACAACGUCAUAGAGGUCGCGGCAGACGCCCCUCUCCGAAAGCCUGGAGGCUACUUUGCGGCCCCGGCUCAGCCUGAUCCAGAUGAUCAGUUUAUCAUCCCCCCGGAGCUGGAGGAGGAAGUCAAAGAAAUCAUGAAACAUCACCAGGAGCAGCAGCAGCAGCCCCAGCCUCCGCCGCAGCCCCAGCCGCAGCCGCCGCGGCAGUGUCCGGUGGACCAGCUGCCAGACUAUUACGACACGCCGCUAUGACCCAGUCUGAGCACUGUCUAAAAUAAACUAACCCAGAAAGACUGAGUGGCAAGAGUCUCCCAGACUCACAUUAAACCAGGGGUUUUACUCCGUGUCCUUCUCCCAGACACAGUCCCACCCAGUCUUUGUAGCCAACCUGUAAGUUCUCUUUCUGUUAGUUACUUUUUUAAUAAUUACCACUUUUCUUCUAGUGAUGCUUUAUCAGUAUGAUUUAAAUUUGUUAACUUCUAACAUAUCAGAUGUGUAAAGACAAAGAACAAAAGGUUUAAUAUAUUUCAGAGAAAUGGUUAAUGAUAAUGUGAUAUUUUUUAAAUGGCUUUUUGUCGUUUGUUCAGAAGGCAGGGCAGGUUGCCAUUGCUAAACAAUUUAAUAAUAUUGUAAUUCUGUAUUUCUUUGCGGGGGGAAAGGCUUUUUUUUUUUUUUUGUCUUGAAAAUGACAGACAUUUGUAGAAUAUGGAGACUAACUCCUAGGAGUUGCUUUACUCUGUCAGGUGACUUAAGUCACUGGGAUUCACUAAUUUUCUCUGAGAGAACAGUUGAUUGAGAAAUUUCUACUGUAAAUAGCGCAGUGCCGUCUAGUGAUGCUUCACGAUGUUUUGUAGUCUUGGCGUAAGGACACAGCUAAUAACUGACGUCUCCCUCCCCGUGAGCCUCCCCUGCCCCUGCCCCUCCACCCCGACACACACACACGCUCACUUUAGUUCGUUAACUGAGGGGCUGAACAGCUAGAGCAUUCCCGUGCAGGUGGAUCUCAGGCCACUGGACAAGACCCUGCUCCUAGGGGCCCUGGACCCUACUUCUUCCCUUCCUGUCUCCAGCCUCUUGACUUUUGCAGACACUUUUUAAUCGUGUUCCUUACGGCUGCCACAAUCAGCAUGAUUGUAUAGAGCCCAUUAGACCAUUUACAUACCCAGAGUUAUAUUAAAGCAGAAUGCACAAAUGCACAUGUCAUCAUUUUUGUUAUAAUAAAUAUGAACUUUA